AUUUCGCUCCCUCCCUCCGCUAGUCGACAAUUAACCUUUUACUCUCUUCCGUGUUGAGUGUUGAAACAAUUUCAAUUUUCUUUAAUUCAUUUAUAUUCUAUGCAAAUACCAAACAAACAUUAUCAAACCAACAGCAGCAGCAUGGGUGAAAUGCCAACACCAGCACUUGUUUUACCCGUAAUUUUGAGGCCUAUUUUGGCACAGUUGGAACGUCGUGAUGUGGGAGCUGCACAAUCAUUACGCUCGUCCAUCCUUAAGACGGAACAGAAUAACCCUGGAUUUUGCUACGAUCUAAUUAUGGCCAUUGUACGUAAGGCAGAACUCAAUGUAAACCUGAAUGAGUCGGUCUUGAGGCUACAGGGAAAUUUACCAGAAACGGAUUUGAACGAAUAUCGUUUGACACGAACAGAAGAGCCAUUCCAGGAAUUAAAUCGCAAGUCUGUAGCUCUCAAAGUGAUUCUAAGUCGUAUACCCGAUGAAAUUCAGGAUCGCAAAACGUUUCUUGAAACCAUAAAGGAAAUUGCCAGCGCAAUUAAAAAACUGUUGGAUGUAGUUAAUGAAAUUGGAAACUUCAUUCCCGGAGUCACUGGCAAACAAGCUGUAGAGCAGCGGAAGAAAGAAUUCGUAAAAUAUUCGAAAAAGUUCAGUACAACACUGAAAGAAUACUUCAAGGAAGGACAACCUAAUGCAGUAUUUAUAAGUGCCCUGUAUUUAAUACGACAAACAAAUCAAAUAAUGCUUACGGUGAAAAGCAAAUGCGAGUAGAAUAAUUUUGUGCUAAACCUAGUGGCAUUUUUUUAUAAUUAUUAAUUUUUAUUAUUUUAUAAAUUAAAUAUUUUAUUGCGAAGAGAGUAUAAUUUUAAUUAAAUAGAAAAAAAAAACUGAAAAGAACACUUAUUUUCAAACUAACACUAACAUUUAUUCUUAUAAAAUAAAAAUUAAAAAAAAACAGUAAGAAAAAAAGAUUUUUGCAAAUAUAUAACAUAGAUAUAGUGCAAGGUAAGCCUCUUAUGAGUGCAGCAAUAUCAGUGAAAUGGAAUUUCAUUAAAUAAAAAAAAAACAAAAGAAAAAAAUUAUGGACAGCAAACAACAAAAAGAAUUAAUUUACUCUAGAAAACCUUAUUUUUGAAAGAUAGAAAACUUUUACAAAAAAAUAUAUAUAUUUAUCAAUUGUUUAUUAUGUAGUUUUUUAGUAUUUUGGAAGAAAAUUAAAAUGUUAAUGGCGAUAGGAAGGAUGAUGAUGAUGACAUUUAAGGAAAAAAAAAAAAAUAGUACAUAAAAACAUAAACAGAUAUUGUAAAUGUAAAUAUUUAUAACCUUUUUUUUAACCUUUAGAUUUUCGUUGUUGUUUGAUUGAUUGUAUACUGUUUAACCUUUGUUUUGUAACCUUUAUAAAGUCCCCCAGCAAAAGAGUGUGGGCAUUUUUUUUUUGGAAAACACUUGCAAAAGAAGACAAGAUGAAAUGGAUUUCCGUAAAAGUAACUAGACAGCAUUAACAAUAAAAAAAAAGAAAAACUAAUAAUGUAUUAAAAAAACAUAAAUUAAUUCAAAAUAUAUACUAUCUACACAUCCAUACAUAUAGAAAUUAUUAAUGAAAAUUUUAUUAUUAUUUUGUUUUAUGUUAAUGAGAGAUAACAAAAGAAUAUUAAAGCGAAAUGACAAAUAAAGAUGUAUUUAUAAUCGA